AUGGAGGAUACCAACCAAGUCGAGCACGAGCAAAUUUCGACCGCUCUCGAGGUGGAGCAGAUUGAAGUGAACCUCUUUCGGUCAAAGUCGCUAUGGCUGCCACUCCGGGCUCGAGGGGUGUUUGGAGGUCAAGUCAUCAGUCAGGCCUUGGUUUCGGCUACAAAUUGCGUUGAUCCAGCAUUCGCACUUCAUUGCUAUUUCCUCACAAGCGCGUCCCCGUCCACCCCAAUCGUAUACUAUGUCGAGCGCCUCCGCCAAGGACGGUCAUACUGUACCCGCUCCGUGAAAGCUGUCCAGAAUGGCGAAAUCAUUUUCAUCAUGCUAUGUUCGUUCCAAAAACCAGAACCGUGGCAACCCUCACAUCAGUGGCCCAUGCCCAAGGUCCCUGCGCCGGAAGAGUGUGAACUGGACGAAACGAAGUACGCUCGGGCGAUACGGGAAAAACAGCUACACCCCAAAUUAGCGGCGCUGUACCAAGAUCUUGUUGCUGAGCGGUCUCGUAGUCCUAUCGCUAUCAAGCCUGCGGCGGAGCAUAUCGUCACGUCAGACGGUGUUAUUACCUACAUGUAUUGGAUGAAGGCACGGUCGAUACCAGAAUACGAGCCCUCUUUCCAAAAAUGCAUUCUGGCAUAUUUCUCCGACCACUACUUUAUUUCAACUGCAGCUCGAAUUAUGGGGCUGCGAAGGGGCGGGAAGGGGAAAGAUGCGUUGACUAUGACAUCUACGUUGGAUCACACAAUUUGGUUUUACAAGCAAGUCUACGUUAAGUAUAAGAGCUUUUCAGUGCCUGAUCGUACAUAUCAUUUGCAGCAAUGA